AUGUCUCUCAUGCCCGGGUACCCUGUGCCCCGCGCUCAGUGGGUGGAGUCUGCCGAGGCGUGUGCAGCGUGCAGCAAGCGGUUCACCUUUUUUGCGUCCAAAGAGAACUGCCCGUGCUGCGGAAGACUCUUCUGCUCUUCGUGCCUCUCCGCGCAGUGCGCACUUUUUCCGACGGCGCCACCCAAGGCCGUCUGCCUUGAUUGCUUUCGGAAAGCUCAAGACUGGCGUCUUUCCCAACUUGAGCAGCAGCAGCAGCAGACCUCGACGCAUGCGGGCGUGGGCGCCGGGGCACCCCCUCUCUCCACCUCGAUGGCGGUGCUAGAGUCGAAGCUGAGCGCACUUGAGGAGGAGUUCGACCGCGCAAAAGCAAACGCCCGUCAUCUUCGCGAGGAGAACGACUCCUUCAUCGAUCUCCUCGCUGCUAAAGACACCUGCAUUGCAGAGCUGAGGGAAAAGCUUAUGAAGAGUGGCGUAUCAGCUGGCACUGCUGCGCAGUCGGCAGAGAAGCUGCAGGCAGAGUUGCAGGGAGCAAAGAAUGAGAAGGAGAGUAUGGGGCGACGGCUCAGUGAGGCAGAGAAGAGAGCAGCAAGUGCUGCUGAGGCCAACGAGGCCAUGAGAGUACAGAUCCAGGAACACAUGCAGGCGAAGGUGGAGUGGGAGUCGUUGGAGGCAACGCUGAAAUCCGAGGUGCAGAAGGCAGAGGACAUGUGCGCGCAAAGCUUAGAGGAGAUGAGCGAAUUGCGGACAGCAAUGAAGUUGACGAAUGCCCACAGCGAGGAGCAGAUCAAGCAACUCACUGCCCAGCUGCAGUCGAUGGUAGAGGCCAACGCACACCUUCAGAGAGACUACGACCGCAAUGUAGAGGCUCUACAGAGAGCCGAGCAGACUCGAAUCGCUUCGGACGCGCAACAUGACAAGGAGCUGCAGCGCUUCAGAGAGCACCUCGCUACCGCCACGGCUGCUCGGGUAAAAGCAGAGGAACGAUAUGAGCGGCAACAGAUGGGCGCCAUGAAAGCGUGUGACGACCCCGCGACCGCCAUUGUGGCGGAGCAGAAGCGCGAGAUCGAUAUUCUCAACGAACAGCUCGCUUUAUCUAGCGCGGCUGCGCAGCGCCUUCAAGAUGAACUUGACCGUGCCGUAAAAGAGACUGCACGAUUGCGAGAAGAGGCGGCGCUCAAGGCGGAGGCCGCCAGCACGUUGAUGUCAGAGCUUCGCACACAACUGGAAGCUCAAAGGACGGCAUUUCAACAGGAGGUGCCGCGGCAACAGGAGGCGAACGCACGCCUACGCGCAGACCUGGAGGAGAAGGAGCGACUUGUGAUGAAACUGCAGCGUGCCUGUCUCCAUGCAGCCACGGCGGCACGGGCGCAGCUCGACGACCUUCGCGGUAAACUUGCGGAAACCAAAGUGACGUACGAGGAGGGUCAGCGCUCGUGGCAGGCGUGGUUCGGAGAGCUGCGUGCGGCGCUGGCGGUGGUGGUGGAGCAGCGGGCGGGCGAGGCGGCAGCCACAUCAGCGUCGACCACCGGUGCAGGGAUGAACGGCACCGGUACGACGAAGUCGCGAUGGGCACAGCCCACUAUCAUAGAGGAACUGCAGUACCCGGGUGUUGCCGACAUAGAUGUGCGCGCCAUCGAGCCUGUGCGUGGGCUCGAGAUGUGGGAGUUUGACACCGUUGCCGAGGCACAGCGAGGCGGCGAGGCGGGCGUGCUUCUGCGUGUCGGCCACCAGAUUGCGCUGGACUUGCACCUCUUCCCCGACCGCGCCUCGCUGCACCGGUGGGCGUGCCUGCUGGCAACGGUACAGGCGAACUACCGCGCCAACGAGUAUCACAACAGAGUGCACGCGGCGGAUGUGCUCCAGGGCGUUUACGCGCUGAUGUGCCGCUGCCCCGGCCUACUGGCGCACAUGACGGCCACGGAGAAGCGCGCCGUCUUGUUUGCGGCCGCCGUGCACGAUAUCCGACACCCCGGCCGCUCAGAGAUGUUCCUCAAAAACACGUUCGACGCAACCUAUGUGCACUACAACGGGCUGCAAGUGCUGGAACAAAUGCACACGGCGACCGCUUUUCACCUCCUGGCCACGCCAGAGCUGGACUUCACGCGCGGCAACAUGGACGACACGGAGGCCCUUGAGUUCCACGACCUCGUCGCGGCGCUCAUUGGCUGCACCUUCAUGGGGCGCCACGCGUCUCUGAUGGAGCAGUGGUCGCGCCCUCUACAGGACGGCAAGUCAUACGACGUGGCUGUUGCCGCGGAUCGGCAGCAGGUGCUCUCGUUGUUCUUGCAUGCUGCUGAUAUUGGGGCGCAGGCCCGUGGACUGGCGGUGGCGCUGAAGUGGCUGGGCAUUGUGGAGGAGAUGCGCGCGCAAGGCGACGAAGAGGCGGCGCGCGGGCUGCCACUGAGCCCGGGGAGCAGCCGGAGCGCGAGCCUGGAGAGGGGCACAAUCUUCUUCAUAGAGACGUUUGCCGUACCACUGUUCGACCUGGUGCACCAGUUGUUCCCUUGUAUUGAGUCGCCGAUGCGGAAUCUGCGCACGGUGCACGCGCACUACUGCGCGGCGCUGCAAGAGACGCGCGCGUUCCCGCCGCCUGUGCAGUACAGGACGGCGACGGGGCCAGCGAGCAACACGGCGGAAACGUCACACGCGGAGGCCCUGGGUACCCGCGAGGCUGCAGUGAGGAAGCAGGAGAAGGCAGUGGAGCAAUCGAUAAAUCGGCUGCGGGAGGCGACGGCCGCCGUGGCGGGUCGGGAGAAGCUGCUCAAAGAGAGGGAGGCCGCUCUGAUGAGGGCGGAGACCGUUUUAAAGACCCAGCGAAAUGAGAAGUCGUCGGCCACCUCGUCCAUCGAUGAAGAAGAGCUUCUGCGUGCCAUCACUGCCGUCAUGGCGCGCGAGGCGGAGGUGCAGCGGCGAGUGGCGGAUGUAGAGACAAUGACGGCGUCGUUGGAGGAGAGAGAGACGGUUGCGUCUCGCCUUUCUGAGCAACUGGCUGCUAUUGCCGAGAAAAUAAAUCGUCGCCGCCAAGUCUUGCGCUAUCGCGAGGCGCGCGUCCGAGAAUUGGAAGCGGCGUUCCGUGGUGAGCGGGCCGCUGACCUGUCAUCAUGCGAUUACAUCACAGACCCGAUGUGCCGUGCCGUGGCUAAACCGCUUUCAACUGCUGCACCGUUGGAGCGCAUGCUACCAUCUUCUGUGAGGGCGGUGAAGUUGGAGAGCGCACUGGAGAAGCUUACCUCCGCACUGCGGUACAUGUGA